UCGAAUAGAUCCGUCGUAGAUUUAUUGGCGGAGUGAAGAGCGCCGGGGAGGAGAGAACUCCCUCAUAACCGGAUUCACAGCAGAUACCAAUAAUUCGGUUGAGCAGAAGUAACGAGAGGAACCACCGGUUAGAAUCUUUUCUUCAGGGCUUGAAAUUCUCGUUUGGGAAGUGGGGGACGAAACUCUUUAGUGAUUAUCCGAGGAUUUUCGUGGUUUUGGCUCAGUUGAAUUAUUUGUUACUAUAAAUAGUGAGGCGAGUUUGAAGUACUUUUGUGAAAGAGUGCGUUUUCCAGAGUUGUCUCGACGAGUUUGGUUUCUUGGUGAUGAAUUUGGGUUCGAGAGACUUCGUUGGAGGCUCAUUAUUUUGAAUGGAGUAAUUUGAUUCCUCCCCAAACGGAUUUUGGUUGUAUGAGUUAGCGAUGGCGAUGAAUAACAACAGCAGUGCUAAUAGUAACAGUGUGGUGAGGAAUGUGGGGGCAACUAUGCCGGUGAAUAACAGCCCUAGUAUUAACAAUUUGGGGAGAAAUGUUGGCGCAGCCUCACAUUUUGGGAAUUCAGGCGUGGUUCCACAAACAAGGCCCAUGAACCAUCACGCUCAUCUAAUCUCUCAGUCGCAACCUCAAAUACAAAGCGGGUCGCAUUUUCAAGGUCAUUUUCAGUUGUCCGAACCACAGGUGCAUACGAUGUCUCAGAUACAAUACUCACAGGUUCAUGCACAGGCAAGAGCACAGUCUGUUCAUGCACAGUUUCAAACUAAUACUCAACCUGUCCAACUACAUAGUGCUAAUGCUAGUAAUGUUAAUAUGCCACCCUCUGUUUCAACGACUGGAACUGGGAGUUCUAAGAGGCCUACCCAGAAGCCACCUUCUAGGCCUCCAGGAUCUUCUAACACUGGCGCUGGUUCACUGUUUAAAACCAUGGAGCUAACUCCAGCUGCUAGAAGAAAGAAGGCUAAGCUUCCUGAGAAACAAAUACCUGAUAACGUUGCUGCUCUUCUGCCAGAAUCUGCUAUCUAUACCCAAUUGCUCGAAGUUGAGGGUCGGAUAGAUGCUGCUCUAGCGAGAAAGAAAAAUGAUAUUCGAGAGUCUUUAAAGAACCCUUCACGCAUUCAGAAAACCCUAAGGAUCUAUGUCUUCAAUACGUUUGAAAAUCAGAAUCAAAAUAGUUCUGAUCAGAAGAAUGUACAAUCCUCUUCUUGGUCGCUUAAGAUAAUAGGGAGGAUAUUGGAAGAUGGAAAAGAUCCUGUUAUCGCCAAAGCCAUGCAGAAAUAUAAUUCUACAUAUCCAAAAUUUUCAUCUUUCUUCAAGAAAAUUACUAUAUACUUGGAUCAGAGCCUUUAUCCAGAUAACCACAUAAUUUUAUGGGAGAGUUCCCGUUCUCCUGUUUUGCAAGAGGGCUUUGAAGUGAAGAGAAAAGGAGAUAAAGAAUUUACUGCGGUGAUAAGAUUGGACGUGAAUUACACGCCUGAAAAAUUUCGUCUUUCACCAGCUCUGUCAGACGUGCUUGGAAUUGAGACAGACACCCGCUCAAGAAUUAUGGCUGCACUAUGGCAUUACGUGAAAGCUAACAAGUUACAGAAUUCAAAUGAUCCUUCUUUCUUCACAUGUGAUCCAGGUCUUCGAAAAGUGUUUGGUGAAGAGAAGGUGAAGUUUUCCACAGUAUCUCAGAAGAUAUCACAACAUUUGAUUCCUCCCCAACCUAUAAACUUACAGCAUAGAGUUAGGAUUUCAGGAAACUGUCCAACUGGAACUACAUGUUAUGAUGUCGUGGUGGAUGUGCCUUUUCCAAUAGAAAAACAAAUGUCAGCAUUCUUGGCGAAUCUGGAGAAGCAUAAAGAUAUAGAUUCCUGUGAUGAAUUGAUUACUGCUGCAGUAAAGAAGAUUCAUGAGCACUAUCGAAGGCGAGCUUUCUUUCUUGGCUUUAGUCAGUCUCCAGCCGAGUUUAUCAAUACUUUGAUAACUUCUCAAAGCAAGGAUUUAAAAAUCGCUGCUGGAGAUGCUAGCCGUCUGGCAGAGAAAGAACGUCACUCUAAUUUCUACAGUCAAUCAUGGUUGGAGGAUGCUGUCAUACGGUACCUCAACCGCAAACCUGCUGGAAGUGAUGUUCCUGGAAGCACUUAAGGGAUCCCGCUCAACAUUGGCUCCCAUUUUGAUCAACAUCAAUCUCUAAUUUGGUGACAUCGUUUCUGAUAUUUAUCUCUUUUAUCACUUCUUUCAUCUUAGGGGACUGAGUAUCUGAAAAGAUAUGGGAAUUCUGUAUUUUAACCAAUGGCUAGUUCAUGACCGGGUGACUAUCUUGCUGGGAAAAGUCAUCUUAAUUUGAGUAGAAUUAAAUAUUUCCAUGUUGUACCAUUUUUCAGCUAGAUGUUAGAAUUAUAGAUGGUUUUGCUUUUGUCUGUUCGCCAAAAGUUUCAGAUCAAACAAAUUACAUUCCAAGCUUUGCUUGGUUCUAAAUUUGCUUUAUACAGAAAACAACUCUGGCAGCUA